AUGUCUACUAGUAGUAUAACAUUUAUUACAAUUUUUAGACUCUCAGUUACAAGACAUGUGAUAUUCAACCAAAUAGAAGAGAUAUCGAAUCAAAUUAGUCAAAACCAACAACAACAACAACAACAAUCAAAAAGAAAAAGGAAUGAAUCAAGAAAAGGAAAAGAGAUUAUAAAACUUAAAGAUUUUGCAAUGAUUGCAGAUUAUGCAAUGCCAUGGGACUUUAUAAAACACUAUUUACCAGCAUAUGCUAUAGAUCAAGAUGGUUUUCAACCAAGACUAAAAACCAUCUCUCGCUAUUGUAGACACCCCAAUGCUACAUUAUCGACACUAGAACAUCUUUUAGAAUGGUCACCAGAUUAUCAUCCCAACAAGGAAAAGGAUAUUCCCAAAGGAACCAAUCAAGCAUGUAGAAUUGCAAAGGCAGGCCACACAGACAUACUAGAACUACUUGUCAAAAGAUACCCAAAAAUGGAUUUAGAAUUCUCAAUGUCAUCUGCAAUUAAACGUGGACAUUUAUCAACUAUACAGUUCUUAAAUACUUGUAAAAGAGUACGUUGUUCUACCUUUCAAAUAGAUUAUGCCGCUAAAUUUGGACGAUUUGAUAUUUUAAAAUUCUUACAUGAAAAUAGAACUGAAGGUUGUACUGUUAAUGCUUUGGAUAAUGCUGCUUCAAAUGGCCAUUUGGAUAUUGUAAAGUUUUUGCAUGAAAAUAGGACUGAGGGUUGCACAAAGAAAGCUAUGGAUGAAUCUGCCAAGAAUGGAUAUAUUGAAAUAUUAAAGUUUUUACAUUUAAAUCGUACAGAAGGAUGUACAACAAAUGCAAUGGAUUUUUCUGUGAUUAGUGGUAGAACAGAUAUUGUAAAGUUUCUAAACGAGAAUAGAACAGAAGGAUGUACCAAUUUUGCACUUACAGUUAAUCCAACCGACUCUGACCCUCAUUUUGAAACGAUUCAUUAUAUUUUAUCCAACAAACUAAUCAACAGUUUCAUGAUCCAAAAAUUACAAGAAGCCAAUUCACCAUAUUAUGAAAUUAUUCGAGUUGUUGCUAGACAUUUUAAUACAACUUAUCAUAAUUAG